UGGCGCUUCUCCCAAGACGGUAUAUGCUGAUUUUCCUCUAAUGGCCAGUGUGGAGGAAGCAAAACAAAUGGAGAUCAUAACCGAGCUAUCCAAACAAGCUGUCCAUGAAUACCAAGGGCUUCAGGAAGAGCAUGAGAAAACUAAGAUGGAGUGCGAGAGAGCACAAAAGGAACGAGAUUCUGCCAUGAAGAAAUUGAAGGAAUUUCAGAGUGUGUCUGAGAUGGUGAUCGAGGAAGUCAGCCUCAUCCAGGAGAGCCUGGAGAUCGAGAAAUCCUGCAGACAGAGUGCCGAAGCUCUGGCCACUAAGCUGAACCGUCAGAACAGGUCCCUGAAGAGGAAGAGCAUGCUGUACUUGUCCCGCCUCGGCCCGGAGGUCAUCUCCGAGAUCAACAUCGAGGAUGAGGAUGAGGAGACGCCAGCGGAGAGUGAACAGGGCACUGAAACGUGUUCCUCCACUCACUGCCAGAAGAUAAUCACAGAGCUUCAGGAUAAACUGGCAUUGGUGCUUGAUGAAAAGAGGCAAACUGCCAUAGAGUUAGAUGAGGCAAAGGAGAGACUGAGGACCAUCAGAGAAGAACUGUUGAAGGAGAAACACAAUAAUACCACUCUGAUUGCUGAGGCGAUUCAACAAAAGAAGCUCUUGGCAAAGUACAACAGAGUGUCUUUGCUGGCUUUGGAAGAGUAUGAGGUACUGCAGGAGAAUCUGGAGCUUGAGAAGGAUCUGCGGGCUGAGGCGGAGAACUUCGCACGCGAGAUGCUAGUGGAACAGAAGAAGCUGAACAGGCAGAGUCAGAUUCUCCUGCAGAACACGUCGCCCAGUGAAGCGCUGCAGGAGGCCCUCAGUGACGUAGCCAGGCUGACCCAGGCCUUAGAGACACAGAAGCUGGAGCACCAAAAGCAGAUGAAGGAGAUUCAGGAGCAGCUUCAGAGCUCCGAGCUGCGGAAGGAGGUGGAGGCCCUGCGGCGUCAGGUGGAGCUGCUGGAGGAGGAGAAGAAGGAGUGCGAGGACAGGUGUGCCAAGGCGGAGGUUGCAGCCAAGGACCUGCGGUUUACAGUGGAGGAGCUUCAAAAGAAGCUACAACUAGCUGUCAAUACCCCAUCUGCUCCACCCCCUCCACCUCCUCCAGCCCCUCCUCCACCUCCACCACCAGCGCCCUCUGCUUCAAACCCUCUCAGCUCCCUUCUGUCUAUGAUGCGCAAAAAGAGGCAGGCAAACAAUGACAUUCCACUAGUAGUCCAAGAGUCCCCAGAAAAGGAUGCAGAGACGAAGAUGUCAAACGUCAGGCAGCAGGCGGUGGACGAGAUGAUGGAUCGAAUUAAAAAAGGGGUUCAGCUACGACCUGUCAGCCACGCAUCCAGCAGGACCAAACAGCUGCAGAAAGAAAAGGUGCCACCUAAUUCUGCUGCUGUGCAGGAGCUGAAAGGAAUUCUGGACACGUUCAAAAGGCCCACCCCUGCCCAGCACAAAGCAGGGACCCUGGCGGGGAGCAGAGAGACAGAGCUGGAGAGGGUGCUGCAGAGACGGCGGUGUGCGUUCGAGACGACCCAGGACGAGCGCUCCCAACCAUCAGCAGACCACUUCCCCAGCAGUGUUCUGGACCUGACUCGCAUGAAGGGGACCCAGCCGCCCUCAAAGGAGCCCGGCGGAGCUGAAGCGGGCCCAUCAGAACCCACUCCAGACCAGCUUAACGGAGCCUCUACAGAAGCUGACUCUACAGGAAAAGAAGAUGAGACAAAUGGAGGAACCUGAAGGUUGGAAAACCGAUUGUUCUAGUUGCGUUAAUUAGGCAGGAACAUACAAAAUUGCAUGGAAAACAAAAAUCUAAGUACAAAUAGGCUUAGAGUCGGAGCAUUUCUUAGUAACAACAGACAGUGAUUUAAAUGGCCUUUCAGCUACAACAGCUGAAAGAGAAUUAUUUGCACUUGUUUGAAACGUGUUUCUUCAAACUCUAAAUCAAAGAUACUUCUGGACUGUUUUCAUAGAGGUGCAACACCCACACAAAUGAAGUGUAAUGUAAAGUACAUUACAGAAGAAAUUACAGAAUA